GGAGGCCGCUUCAGCUGCGCGCUAAAGAGGCCUGAGGAGACCUGUGCGCGCGGCCGCUUCGCAGGGCAGCCCGAAGCGACUUACAUCCAACCAACCAGAGAGACAAAAAUCAUCGAUAGAUAUAGAUACGUAGACUGGUGAGAAACAGCAGCAAUGCAGGCAUUUCUGAAAGGACCAUCUUCAAUCAGCACUAAACCACCACCUACCAAAGAUCGGGGAACAGCUGCCACUGCAGGAGGCAGUGGGGAGGGCAAAAGGGUCAGAGCUAUUCCUUGGGUGGAAAAAUACCGCCCAAAAUGCAUGGAUGAAGUUGCAUUUCAAGAAGAAGUUGUUGCAGUGCUGAAGAAAACCUUACAAGGAGCUGACCUUCCCAAUCUCUUGUUCUAUGGCCCACCUGGAACUGGAAAAACAUCCACUAUUUUGGCAGCAGCCAGAGAACUCUUUGGACCCGAACUGUUCCGGCAGAGAGUCCUCGAGCUGAAUGCAUCCGAUGAACGUGGAAUUCAAGUCAUUCGCGAGAAAGUGAAGAGCUUUGCUCAGCUAACAGUGUCGGGAAGUCGUUCAGAUGGCAGGCCGUGUCCCCCGUUUAAGAUUAUAAUCUUGGACGAAGCGGAUUCUAUGACCUCAGCAGCCCAGGCAGCUUUACGGCGCACCAUGGAGAGAGAAUCCAAGACAACACGCUUCUGCCUUAUUUGUAAUUACAUCAGCAGGAUAAUUGAACCCAUAACAUCCCGAUGCUCCAAAUUUCGUUUCAAGCCCCUUUCAGACAAAAUCCAGAAACAGAGACUUCUAGACAUUGCUGAAAAGGAGAAUGUGACAGUCAGCAGUGAGGGCGUCUCUUACCUUGUCCAUGCAUCAGAAGGGGACUUGAGAAAAGCAAUCACACUUCUUCAAAGCGCUACACGAUUAACAGGCGGGAAAGAGGUCACUGAGAAAGUUGUCACUGAAAUUGCAGGGAUUGUCCCUCAAGGAAUUUUAGAUGGUCUACUAACCGCAUGUCAGAGUGGUUCAUUUGAAAAACUGGAAGCUGCAACAAAGAAUCUGAUCAAUGAAGGUUAUGCAGCUACUCAGUUUAUAAACCAGCUUCAUGAUACCAUUAUUGAGAGGAAGGAUCUCAGUGACAAGCAGAAAUCUGUUAUUGCAGAGAAGCUUGCUGAGACAGACAAGUGCUUGGCAGAUGGGUCUGAUGAAUUCUUGCAGUUGAUUAGCCUCUGUGCGGUGGUGAUGCAGCAGCUAGUUCAAAAUAACUAACAGCACGGCAAAAUAUUUUCCUUUUGAUUACUUCAUCCUAUUUGCAGCUAU